AUGAAAGGCGGUGCGUCCUGUGUACGCGUGGUGCGUUACGUAUUUUUAGCCCAUUGCGAUCGUUUUGCUCGUCCAUCUGUUCCAAAGGUUAAUGUGUUCUUGGAUUUUGAGAACGCUGAACCAUCCGAAGCUGAACUUCAGCUGUUUACCGUUGCUGAACAGGUAUUGGAAGAGGCAGAACUGUUACUCUCGGACUUAGGAUCCUAUGGCAGUGGCGCGACUGCAGAAAUUCGGGUCGCUAUUCAACAACCAAGCAAUCAAAAUGCGCAGACAGCUGCAUUCACCAUUCUUGAUAAACUUGCUCAACGCAUUCAGGCUUAUUAUAACCUGUCGUUGAAAAUUGAACAAGUUUUCCCCUUGUUGCUUUGGAAACUUUGUUCAGGACCUCUUCCGCCGGCUGAGCAAAUUGAUUCUUUACAAGCAACGUGCCGGCAAUACGCUAGGCUCAUCGACUUUGUCCUGUUGUUUGACACAAUGAAAAUGUGUACACCAGCUUUACAAAAUGAUUUUAGUUUCUACCGAAGAUCCAUGUCUAGAGAGGUUGGCGGACCAUACUCAGUAACGCUUGAAAUGGCAAAUACAAUUUCGUUGUUCCUCGCUAAUCCCACUCCUAUGUUGACAUCCUUAGCAACAGCAGUUUGCAAUUUCAUUAAAACGCACAGUGAAGUUCCUGAUUCCAGUGCAACUAGUACUUUGGCAACAAUAGUGCAGGUGUGUCAGUUUAUGGUGGAAACUGAAGAAAACUGGAACCGACUUUCCGAGUACCACAGGCUAUUUACUGUUCGACUUAUGGUUGGCACAAUAAUACUUUUUGAUCAUAUUGAUCAUGCUGGCGCAUUUUGUAAAGACUCUUUAAUUGAUAUUAAAUCUGUGGUUGAACUGUUGAAGGCGGAGUUUAAACCUGAUGUGACAACAUCUUUACUGAAUGCGUUACGAUACAAUACGAAACAUUUGAAUGAUUCCACGACGCCGAAGUCUGUUCGAAUGCUGUUCCCCUAA